AUGUCUUCUCAACAUAAUCGCAAUCCUCACGAUAAUAGGGGUGGAGAAGCAGCCAACAACGAUGACCAGCACCAUCCACCUGUUCCGCGCGCGUCCACACAUGGACCACAGCUACCUCCGUCCUUUGGAGCUACUUAUCCCACACUGUACCAGCAUGCGCCCCCCAUAGAGAAUUCUCCAGCAAAUUAUCCUACAGCACACCAGUACGCGCCGAUGCAGCACCCACCGCAGCCUCAUUUCCCAAAUCCUCAUAAUUCUGCGCCUGCACCUGCGCCUGCACCUGCGCCUGUACCUGCGCCUGUACCUGCGCCUGCACCUAUCCCUAGGUACACCAACUACAAGAGAGAGCUCUUUUGCUGGCUUGCGAAUGGGGCGCAGGGUUUAGGCUAUAACAGCUACGACUGGACGAGAAACUCGUUCGCCAGUCGACUGGCCCGUGAGAUCGCAUCUCUAGAGAGAAUGGACUUGACCGAGACACAGUCCCAAAGGCUUGCAGGAUUCUAG